AUGGUAGAAAGUCUGACCUAUUGUUCUGUCUGUUUUGAAGAAUACGACCAAGAAGAACGAGUACCCCUUAUGCUGAGCUGUGGGCAUACAUUUUGCAAAAACUGCCUCAUUCUUCUCCCUGAGCCCUUAAGAUGCCCACAUUGUCGAACUUUAGAGUCCAGAACUCUAAAAGAGCUCCCCAAAAAUAUCACCAUCUUUCAAAUUCAGGCCCAGCUCAAUCCUUCUGAAGUAGAAAUGUGUACUCAUGAAGAGCUGCUGUUUUAUUGCAAGGUGUGCAAAUAUCCUCUCUGCCUUCAAUGUGUAUACCUAAUUACCAAACUAAAAGUAGCUGCAAUUCUAAGCUCUAAUAUUUAUAUAUAAAAAAUAAGGUAUCAUAGAGUUAGCGAAAAUAAUUUGGCUUAAAUAUUUAGGUAUAGUAAAACAUAGCAACCAUGGGCUGCUAAACUUAAAUGACCCAGAACUAGAAAACUUGAUUAAUUCUCAUUUGGACCAAAUUGAAAGUGCUUAUAAGUUCCGAAUCAAAGAGUGCACCCAAAGAAAAGAAAAAGCUGAAAGUUUACUGGCGAACUGAAAGGAAAAUUCAAUUAAAAAUAAAGAAGCAGUCAGAGGCAAAUUCCAAGGGAUGAGAAAAAUUGUGGAGAAUCAAGAGCAGUAUUAUUUAGAGCAUAUUGCGCAGCUGUUUCAGAGCAUGUGCAGCAAAAACGAAAGAGAAGACAACCCACAGAACGGGUAUCGGGUUGACGUUUCAAUUGAUGAAGAGUGGCUUACAAGCAAUUUAAAAAAAAUAGGAAACAUUGGAGUUUUCAACCCAGCCAGACAAGAAUGCAGCAUCAGACGAUCAAGGAAUGUCAAAGCUUUGAAUUGGAAAUACUCAGGCAGAAUAGAUGCUUUGAGUUUCAAGUCAAACAAACAAGUUUAUUUAUCAGGGAUUGGAGUUUGCACCCCAUAUAAGCUUGAAAAAACAACAGUAAUCAACGAAAUGAAACUCCUCAAAGGGCAAAGCUCUAGAAGCGAAGUUGUAUAUCUUCAUAGUUUUCCAGUAACCUUGGUUGCUGACUUUAUGUCUGGAGUAACAAAAGUCCCGUUUGAAACUAUUGUUAAAAUAGAGCCUGGUAUUUUUUAUACAAUUUAUUUGAAGCUCUCUGGUGCAAAGACUUUCAAAUGUGUAGAUUCUUUACUGCAAGCAAAUGGAAGGGAUGAAACAGUUUUUACUUUUGCCAACACAAUUUUUGUGCAAGGUGACGAAAGCAACCGAACUGAUAUAUUGUGUGGGCCAAUUGUCGAUUUUUAUUAUUUGCCUUAA